GCUAUGGACAAGAGAAUCAAAAAAAAUAUGUAAAAAUCAUAAUUAAAUAUAGAAAAACAGUAAUUGAAAUUGCAAACUGCGUGAAAAUUUAUCUUGACAAAAAAAAAGACACAAGUGACUAACAUGGCGGCUUCAUCAUUUGCCAAUUGCAAAUUCGUAAUUUAAAUAUUUAAUGGGUCUCCUAAUCAAUCAAUUCAUGAUUACCAAAUUUUUUGUUUGUUAUCAAACUCGAAUCUUUCUUAUUAUAUAAUUCAUAACUUUUCCUUCAAUUCAUUUGUUAUUAAUGUGCAGCUACACUUUCUCUCUGGUUUUUUUAUGCAAAAUUGUUUCAAACGUAUUCAAAUUUCUUACCUUCGGUUUCUUCUCCAGAUUCUUUAGUUAUAUGUGGCGCAAUUUCUUGUCCAAUUCAAGAGAGCUUAGUGAAUAAAUAGGAAGAUAUUUGCUCAUAUAAGUUGAGGAGAAUAAAUCUCUUCUUGUUGGUGGAUAAUGAUAUCGAUUCAGAAAUGGAGCGGCGCAUCGUCGUGGUAUUUUAUAGCUACUGUUGCUUCUGUAGUAGCAUUGUUUUCAGUAGUUCAUAUUUUCUUGUUUCCUGUGCUUCCUUCCUUUGAUUAUUUUGCUGCUCGACAAGUUCAAAAUUAUUGUAUUCCUGUUAAUGGAUCUGAUGAAGGGAAGACUGAACAAUUUCGAGAAAAUAUACGACCAAGUAUUGCUUUAGAUCUUAGAUUUCCUUUGGACUCACAUAGGGGAGUUGUUUAUCAUGAUGCACCAUGGAAGGCUGAGAUUGGACAGUGGCUUUCUGCUUGUGAUUCUAUUACUAAAGAAGUCAAAGUUACGGAGAUUAUAGGUGGCAGGAACUGCAUUAAUAAUUGUAAUGGUCAAGGUGUUUGUAACCAUGAAUUAGGAGUAUGCCGAUGCUUUCAUGGAUUUAGUGGGGAAGAGUGCUCUGAGAGAUUGCAAUUGGAAUGUAAUUACCCGAAAACACCAGAGCUACCAUAUGGGCGGUGGGUUGUAUCAAUUUGCUCUGCUUAUUGUGAUACAACCAGAGCAAUGUGCUUCUGUGGAGAAGGUACAAAGUACCCCAAUCGUCCAGCGGCAGAGACAUGUGGAUUCCAAGUGAACUUACCUUCUGAACCUGGUGCUCCCAUUUGGGUUGACUGGGGGAAGGCUGAUUUGGACAAUAUUCUUACAACAAAUAAAAGCAAACCAGGAUGGUGUAAUGUGGACCCACAGGAAGCAUAUGAUUCAAAGGUGAAAUUUAAAGAGGAAUGUGACUGCAAAUAUGACGGUCUUUUUGGGCGUUUCUGUGAAGUGCCUGUACAAUCUAUUUGCAUCAAUCAAUGCUCUGGACAUGGAUAUUGCCGUGGCGGAUUUUGUCAGUGUGAUAAUGGCUGGUAUGGAACAGACUGCAGUAUUCCAUCAGUACUUUCAUCGGUAAGCAAGUGGCCUCAAUGGCUCAGACCUGCUCUGCUUGAUGUUCCCGAUAAUGCAAAUCUCACCCAGAAACUUGUCAAUCUCAAUGCUGCAGUCGAGAAGAAAAGGCCCCUUAUUUACAUUUAUGAUCUACCACCUGACUUCAACAGUCUACUUCUUGAGGGCCGGCAUUUCAAGUUUGAAUGCAUAAACAGAAUUUAUGACGAUAGGAAUGCUACAAAUUGGACUGAGCAGCUUUAUGGUGCACAGAUGGCAAUGUAUGAAAGUCUUUUAGCCAGUCCAUAUAGAACUUUAAAUGGAGAAGAAGCUGAUUUUUUCUUUGUUCCUGUUCUUGAUUCUUGCAUUAUAACACGUGCAGAUGAUGCUCCCCAUUUGAGUUUGCAGGAUCAUAAGGGCUUGAGGAGCUCUCUAACUCUGGAAUACUACAGAAAGGCAUAUGAUCACAUUGCUGAACAUUAUCCUUAUUGGAACCGCUCGUCAGGAAGGGACCAUAUUUGGUUUUUUUCAUGGGAUGAAGGUGCUUGCUAUGCCCCUAAGGAGAUAUGGAAUAGCAUGAUGUUGGUUCACUGGGGUAAUACAAAUACAAAGCACAACCAUUCAACAACCGCCUAUUGGGCUGAUAACUGGGAUAAAAUAUCUUCUGAUCAAAUAGGCGGGCAUCCGUGCUUUGAUCCUGAUAAAGAUCUUGUGCUUCCUGCCUGGAAACGUCCUGAUGCUGGUGCUUUGAGCAGCAAACUUUGGGCUAGGCCCCUAGAGAAGCGGAAUACAUUAUUUUUUUUCAAUGGAAAUCUUGGACCUGGAUAUCCUAAUGGAAGGCCAGAAGCUUCGUAUAGCAUGGGAAUCAGACAGAAAAUAGGAGAAGAGUUUGGGUCGAGUCCUAACAAGGAAGGAAAGCUUGGGAAACAGUACGCAGAAGAUGUAAUUGUGACCCCUUCCCGCUCUGAAAACUAUAAUGAUGAUUUAGCCAGUUCUGUUUUCUGUGGAGUAUUACCUGGUGAUGGUUGGAGUGGUCGCAUGGAGGAUAGCGUUUUGCAAGGGUGCAUUCCUGUGGUCAUUCAGGAUGGGAUUUUCCUGCCGUAUGAGAAUAUUCUUAACUACGAGAGCUUUGCUGUUAGAAUCCGUGAGGAUGAAAUUCCAAAUUUGAUAAAGAUUCUUCGGGGAUUCAAUGAGACAGAAAAGGAAUUCAAAUUGAAGAAUGUACAAAAAAUCUGGCAGAGAUUCUUGUAUCGUGAUGCUGUGUUGCUUGAAGCUAAGAGACAAAAAGAUGAAUUUGGCCGUGAGGAAGACUGGGCGGUCGAGUUCUUACAGUUGAAUGAUGACGAUGUCUUUACAACAUUUAUACAGAUUCUACACUACAAGCUACACAACGACCCUUGGAGGAGACAACUGAGUCAUCUAAAGAAGGACUUCGGGUUACCGCAAGAAUGUUUAAGAACUAGCUAAAUAGCAAAGACGAAAGCUGUAAAGGCAACAAACCUAACAUUGCAUCUCACCUUCACUCGCUAUCGUGAUGCUAUAAGCUAUUGUUUAUCGUCUCGAUGAGAUGAUCUAAAAAUUUGAUAUGCGGUUCUUGUUUUUUUUUCCCCCCAAAGAGUGAUGCGGUUCUUGUUGAGUCUAACGAAAGGUAUAUAAUGUUUCAUGAAAAUCAAAGAAUUUGAAAGGAACAUAUCAAUCACUUGCAAUCUUUCAAAAGAGUUAAAA